CGACGUUGGAGCCACGAAUGCCAUCCAAAAACGGUGUGGAAGGCCUGCCGCUGUUGGCGCCAGCUUCCUCCUCCGUGGCCCAGACCCACCAAGGCUCUAUCUUUUCGUCGUAUGUCGGGAUAUUGUGCGCUAUGCUCGGCGCUGGGAUCAUGACUCUGCCGAGCACGGUGGCCGCGACAACGCCUUUGUGUGGCGUGUGGUUGCUAGUCGUGACAGGGCUGUUAGCUUUCGCGUCGCUUCGCUGUCUCUGUAUCGUUGCGGACGUCACGGGCGAGUACUCGUACGAACACUUUGGCAAACGAUUCUUCCACCCUGUCCUGCAAUGGAUCCUGCGCCUCUUGACGCUUGUUCCGUGCUUUGGAGCGUGCGUGAUUUACAUGAUUGUGGCCAUGGACAUGGUGCUGUCGUUCGUGCCGUGGAUUUCUCGCCCGGUCUUGAGCGCCCUCUUCGCUGUCCUCACGUUCCCCCUCUGCCUGCUCGACACGUUUCACGCGUUGCAAUAUAGCAACACGAUUGUCAUUGCGUGCAUCUUUUACAUCACGGGGGUGUUGGUGCAUCACGCGUGGGGGCUCGCAUGGCCAGACCUGUCGACUCUUCCAGGCGCCGUCACGUGGGGCGCGCUGGCGUACGCGAUUCCAAUUCAAACAUUUAGUUUCUGCUGCCAUUUCAACUACAUGCGCGUUUACGGCGAGCUCGAGCACAAGCCGUCCAUGACAAUCGUGACGUGGCUCGUGAUGGGGUCUGCAGCGUGCAUCUACGCGACGUAUUCCCUCGCUGGAUACCUGGUCUUUGCAGGCCUGCCGCCGCACGACAUCCUGACUGGAUUCGCCAUCUCCGACGCUUCCAUCAGUGGAGUGCGGCUUGCGCUGGCCGUGUGCAUGCUGUGCAAAACGCCGCUGGCCUAUCAACCCGUUCGCGAUUUGGCUGAAGUCGUGUGCCUGCCCAAGCUCGCUCCCCUGUCCAAGUGGGGGUUUCGCCUCCCGUUUACUUUGGUGUUUUUCCUAGCAGUGUACGGUGUUGCUAUCACGGUCAACGACCUGAGCGUUGUCAUGGACUGGAUCGGGGCGACGGAUGGCAUCUUAGUCUCGUUCGUCGUCCCGGGCAUGUUUCUAUACGCUGCCACAACAACAAAAGGGUGCCAAGAACGCCUGCCCCUGUAUGCCGCCCCUUUGGCGCUCUCCAUGACGACCGUUGGCGUCGUACUCACCGUAUUCUCCAUCUAUCGGCUUGUCAUCGUGUAAAAACAAAACUAGAGUCGAUCACGGUGGCUGCGAAGCCCUCGAUAUGGUGACGACGGAUGCUAUGA